AGGAAGUUUUGUGUUUCAACUUCCGACUUCGGUAGUCGCACGUUAUUGUCUCCACUACGUGUUUGUACAGCGAGCGUCAGGUUGUAAAUCUCAUAAAAGAAGGCUUCUAAACGCAUCACACGCUGCUAAAAUGGGUAAAAAGGAGAAAGGAGAUCGAGAGAAAAAGUCCAACAAGCGUUUCUACGAGGAGGAGGAAGACGAAGAAGAGGUAGUGGCUGGCAAACCACAGGAAGCCAUACCUGCUGCUGCCGGGAAACAGGUGGAUGAAUCCACUACCAAGCUUGACGAUUAUGGAGCCAAAGAUUAUCGUGUUCAGAUGACUCUGAAGAACGAUAGUUCCUCACGACCCCUCUGGGUGGCUCCUGAUGGACAUAUAUUUUUAGAAGCAUUUUCACCAGUGUAUAGGUAUGCUCAGGAUUUCUUGGUAGCCAUCGCUGAACCGGUCUGCAGGCCGAACCAUGUCCAUGAGUACAAGUUAACAGCAUAUUCCCUGUAUGCAGCGGUCAGUGUAGGGCUUCAGACUUCUGAUAUAGUGGAGUAUCUACAGAAACUUAGUAAGACCUCCGUGCCUGAAGGAAUUGUUCAGUUCAUUAAGCUCUGCACUGUGAGCUAUGGAAAAGUCAAGCUGGUGCUCAAGCAUAAUAGGUAUUUUGUUGAGAGCACGUUUCCUGAUGUGAUUCAGCACCUUCUUCAGGACAUUGUGAUCCGAGAAUGUCGCCUCCGUGCUGCAGAUGGCACAGAUGGCGAGCUUAUUACUGAGGUCAUCCACAGCAAGUCAGCGAUCUCCAAAUCUGUCGAUGGAAAAGCAGGUGCUUCCACCUCACAGCAAUCUGCUGAUGGACAAACCUCAGGCCAGCAGGUCCCUGAGGACAUCUUCAGCUACUAUGAGCAGAUGGAUAAGGAGGAAGAGGAAGAGGAAGAGACUCAGACAGUGUCCUUUGAGAUUCGACAGGAAAAAAUUGAGGAGCUGCAAAAGCGCUGCAUUCAGUUGGAGUACCCCCUUCUUGCGGAGUAUGACUUUCGAAAUGAUACAGUCAACCCAGAUAUCAACAUAGAUCUGAAGCCAACUGCGGUAUUACGACCCUACCAGGAGAAAAGUCUACGCAAGAUGUUUGGCAAUGGACGUGCUCGGUCUGGAGUCAUUGUUCUGCCCUGCGGAGCGGGCAAGUCUCUUGUGGGUGUAACUGCAGCAUGUACAGUGCGAAAACGUUGCCUGGUGUUGGGUAACUCCUCUGUAUCCGUGGAACAGUGGAAGGCCCAGUUUAAAAUGUGGUCAACUAUCGAUGACUCUCAAAUCUGCCGCUUCACUUCGGAUGCCAAAGACAAGCCAAUUGGUUGCUCAGUUGCCAUAAGCACUUACUCUAUGCUAGGCCACACCACCAAACGCUCCUGGGAAGCCGAGAGGGUGAUGGAGUGGAUGAAAAGCCAAGAGUGGGGUCUUAUUAUCCUAGACGAGGUGCAUACUAUUCCUGCAAAAAUGUUUCGACGUGUAUUGACCAUCGUCCAGGCACACUGCAAAUUGGGCCUCACCGCAACUUUAGUUAGAGAGGACGACAAGAUUGUGGACCUUAACUUUCUCAUUGGGCCAAAGUUAUAUGAAGCGAACUGGAUGGAGUUGCAGAAUAAUGGCUACAUUGCCAAGGUCCAGUGUGCAGAGGUGUGGUGUCCAAUGUCUCCUGAGUUUUAUAGAGAGUAUGUGGCCAUGAAGACUAAGAAGCGCAUUUUGCUUUAUACAAUGAAUCCCAAUAAGUUCAGAGCCUGCCAGUUUCUUAUUCGCUUUCAUGAAAGGCGCAAUGACAAGAUCAUCGUCUUUGCUGAUAAUGUCUUUGCCUUGAAAGAAUAUGCCAUUCGCCUCAACAAGCCAUACAUCUAUGGCCCAACCUCCCAAGGGGAACGUAUGCAAAUCUUACAGAACUUCAAACACAACCCCAAGAUCAACACCAUUUUCAUAUCCAAGGUUGGAGACACCUCAUUUGACUUGCCAGAAGCAAAUGUUCUUAUCCAAAUCUCUUCCCAUGGUGGAUCACGAAGGCAGGAAGCCCAGAGGCUUGGUAGAGUCUUAAGAGCCAAGAAAGGAAUGAUAGCAGAGGAAUACAACGCAUAUUUCUACUCGCUGGUGUCUCAGGACACCCAGGAGAUGGCUUAUUCCACCAAGAGACAGAGGUUUCUAGUGGACCAGGGCUACAGCUUUAAGGUGAUCACACAAUUGGCAGGAAUGGAGGAAGAAGCCUUGAUGUUCUCCACCAGAGAAGAACAGCAGCAGCUUCUUCAGAAGGUCCUGGCUGCAUCUGAUCUGGAUGCUGAGGAGGAAAUGGUGGUUGGGGAGGUGGGCGCUCGGCCACAGUUCUCAAGGCGUACAGGGACCAUGAGCUCCAUGUCUGGUGCAGAUGAUACAGUCUACAUGGAAUAUCAAAGCCGAAGCAGUAAAGCCUCUUUGGCCAACAGAAGUGUCCAUCCACUCUUCAAGCGCUUCAGAAAGUAGCUACACUGGUUAAUUUUUUAUAUUUUUAUGCUGUUAACUAGGCUGUCUACGACUCAAGAUGUUCCUAGUCAAAUUUGGUUGGAUUUUGCUCAAAGUGGACAAUCAGUCAAAUCAAUGACCUCAUUUUUUAAUUUAAGCUUGAAUAAACAGAUUGUGGUAUCUUUUGGUAUUA